AUGGGUGAUAGCAAGCUAAUAAGUCUUACAAAUGCUUCAGAUGAAGGCUCAACGUCAUGUGACUUUUGCUUCACACUAUCAUGGGACCGAUGUAUUUGCGGCAACAUAGUUUCUCAAUUUUCUUCGGGCGACACCAUAAAAUGCCGUUUAAGGGACUGCUGGUAUCGCAUUUAUGGUGCGACAACAAUAAUAGAAUACGGUAUAUAUGGAUGGUUUAGUGCCGACCAGACAGGCUGUUUUGCACUGUUUCAGCUGUAUACUUUGAUUUUUUGUCCUGCUAAAACGAUAUGCAAGGUUAAAUUGGCGGAAUGCCAUGACGAAGACAAAGAGGAAGCACUAACAAUACUCCCAGGCGAAGCAAAAAAAGAACAAGCCGCCUUCAUUUUUGGCUUGUCUACGACCGAAAUGAGUGUAGCAAACAUCAAGAUAAGCAGUCUGUCAUAG